AUGGACAAUAUAGCAGCAACUGAGUCGCAAUGGCUUUCUCAGCUGGCCGCGAUGCGCCAGGCUAUUGCCGACUUGAAGCUCCCGAAAGACCUCCCCCACGAUUCGAUUAGCUAUGGAAGCGACAUAGAUUUGGAUAUCGACGACGAAUACUCUUCACCCGGAAAUGUGGAUGAUGUUUGGGAUAUUAUCAGCUCCGACGACGAGACAGAUAGCGGUCUAGACGACUUUAACGAAUUCAACAAUGUUUCCCUGCCUCAAUUCACGCCCUACGAUCGGAUCUGGUUGGACACCAAAUGUUUCGAGGUCGCGACACGCAACCCCGCCACGGACGCAGCGGAGCUUUCUCAACAGAUUGUUGCCACGCUGGCCACCGAUAGUGAUGAUGCGGAGCUGCAAAUGUCUCUCGCCGAAAUUGUCGGAUUCGAUGACUUGGAUCUUGUCAUUGAGCUCAUCGCUCAUCGGGAGGAGAUAUUAUCAGACAAGCCACAACGGGUGGAGGCGCAGACAGAUGGGCUUGCCGCGGGAAGACUGCAGACCCGAGCGGAAAGAGAGCAGGCGCUGCGAGAGCGUGACUUCCAGCAUAAGCACGCACCCUUGAUGGCGGCUCAGACUCGUUCUGAACCUCAAUACCCGCAUGUGUUCAAGCUUCAUACCUCUGGCAAUCUCCUCUCCGCCAACGGGAGAAAGUAUGGUCUGCCGGUUGGAAGUAGAGAGAUCGAGGAGCCUAAAUACACUGAGUUUGAAAUUCCUGCCUCCAGCGUCGGCGCAGUGCGGCCCGACCAAAAGCUGGUGGAAAUUGCUGGGUUGGACGGUCUCUGUCGAGGAACUUUCAAAGGUUACAAGGCUCUGAACCGCAUGCAGAGCUUGCUGUAUGAAGUUGCCUACAAGACCAAUGAGAACAUGCUCAUCUGUGCGCCUACCGGUGCUGGUAAAACGGACGCCGCUAUGCUCACUAUCCUCAAUGCAGUCGGGAAGAAUACUGUGCCCAAUCCGCUGGAGCAACCAGAUGCGACGGAAUUCAUUGUUCAAGUGGAUGAUUUUAAGAUUGUUUAUGUUGCUCCCAUGAAGGCCCUGGCGGCUGAAGUCACCGAGAAGCUGGGAAAGCGUCUUGCUUGGCUCGGGAUCAAAGUUCGGGAACUUACCGGUGAUAUGCAAUUGACCAAGCGGGAGAUCGUGGAGACUCAGAUCAUCGUCACCACACCUGAGAAAUGGGAUGUAGUAACUCGCAAGAGCACUGGAGAUACCGAGCUUGUGCAGAAGGUGCGGUUACUCAUCAUCGACGAAGUCCACAUGCUCCACGAUGAGCGCGGUGCCGUUAUUGAAUCAUUGGUCGCUCGAACUCAACGUCAGGUGGAGAGUACCCAGUCAUUGAUCCGCAUCGUCGGCCUGUCUGCCACUCUUCCGAACUACGUCGACGUGGCAGAUUUCCUGAAAGUCAACAAAAUGGCCGGUUUGUUCUUCUUCGAUCAGUCUUUCCGACCAGUCCCCCUAGAGCAACACUUCAUCGGAGUCAAGGGCAAGCCUGGGUCCAAGCAAUCCCGGGAAAAUAUUGACACUGUUGCCUUUGAAAAGGUCCGUGAAAUGGUGGGGAGGGGACAUCAAGUCAUGGUGUUUGUGCAUUCGCGCAAGGAUACGGUUAUGACUGCUCGGAUGCUGAAGCAAAUGGCCGCAGAGGACGGCUGUGAGGACCUCUUUAGCUGUCAUGAGCAUGAAGAUUACUCCAACGCGCUUCGGGAUAUGAAGCAUGCCCGUGCUCGCGAGCUCCGUGAUCUCUUUGCCAGCGGAUUCGGAACGCAUCACGCCGGUAUGAGUCGCAGUGACCGCAACCUUAUGGAACGCAUGUUCUCGGAGGGGUUGAUCAAGGUUCUCUGCUGUACGGCUACUCUCGCAUGGGGUGUCAAUUUGCCGGCUGCAGCCGUAGUCAUCAAGGGAACUCAGCUCUACAACCCCCAGGAGGGUAAAUUUGUCGACCUCAGUAUCCUUGACGUGUUGCAGAUCUUUGGUCGUGCUGGUCGCCCACAAUUCCAGGAUACUGGUAUUGGUUUCAUUUGCACCACCCAUGACAAGCUGCAACAUUAUCUGUCUGCUGUGACUGCACAGCAACCGAUUGAGUCGAGAUUUUCGGCCCGUCUUGUUGAUAACUUGAAUGCUGAGAUUGCCCUGGGAACCGUGACUUCCGUUUCCGAGGCUGUACAGUGGCUGGGCUAUUCAUAUCUGUUUGUUCGCAUGAAACGCGAGCCCCGAAACUAUGGUAUUGAAUAUGCGGAGCUUCGUGAUGACCCGAUGCUGGUACAAAGACGGCGACAGUUGAUUAUUCAAGCUGCGCAGACGCUUUCAAAAAGCCAGAUGAUCAUCUUCAAUGAGAAAACCGAGGAUCUCAAAGCCAAGGAUGUCGGUCGCAUUGCGAGUCAGUACUACGUGUUGCAAACGAGUAUUGAGAUUUUCAAUGAUCAGAUGCGCCCUCGAUCGGGAGAAGCGGAUGUUCUCAGAAUGAUCAGUUUGAGUGGUGAAUUUGACAAUAUCCAAGCCCGCGAAAGUGAAUCCAAGGAACUGCAACGGCUACGCGAUGAAGUCAUCCAGACUGAGGUUGAGGGAGGAAACGACUCGCCGCAUGCAAAGACUAAUAUCCUACUGCAAUCAUACAUUUCCCGGGCCAGGAUUGAAGACUUCGCUCUAGUCUCCGACACUGGAUACGUGGCGCAGAAUGCUGCUCGUAUCUGUCGGGCGCUCUUCAUGAUUGCCCUGAACCGCCGCUGGGGCUACCAAUGCCAGGUCUUGCUGUCUCUAUGUAAAUCAAUUGAGAAGCAGAUCUGGCCCUUCGAUCAUCCCUUCCAUCAAUUCGAUUUGCCACAGCCCGUGCUUAGAAACCUAGACGAGCGACUACCCACAUCCUCAAUCGAGUCGAUGCGGGAGAUGGAACCCACUGAGAUCGGACAGCUCGUUCACAAUCACAAAAUGGGCAAGGUGCUGACCAAGCUGUUGGAUAAUUUCCCUACUCUCAGUGUUGAGACAGAAAUUGCGCCUCUGAACCGUGAUGUCCUUCGCAUUCGUCUAUCGAUCUACCCUGAGUUCAGCUGGAACGACCGCCAUCAUGGAGCUUCUGAGUCAUUCUGGGUUUGGGUUGAGAACUCUGAGACUUCAGAGAUCUACCAUCAUGAAUAUUUUAUUCUCAGUCGCAAGAAGCUUUACGACGACCAUGAACUCAACUUUACCAUUCCCUUGUCCGAUCCUUUGCCUAGCCAGAUCUACAUUCGUAUUAUUUCUGAUCGUUGGCUUGGCGCAGAGACUGUCAGUCCAGUGUCUUUCCAGCAUUUGAUUCGCCCCGACACGGAAAGUGUAUACACCGACCUGUUGAACUUGCAGCCUCUUCCCAUAUCUGCCCUUCAGAACCCAAUCUUGGAAGAGGUGUAUGGCCAGCGGUUCCAAUUUUUCAACCCUAUGCAGACUCAAAUCUUCCAUCUCCUUUAUCACACUCCAUCCAACGUCCUCCUUGGUUCACCUACCGGCAGUGGAAAGACAGUGGCUGCUGAGCUGGCCAUGUGGUGGGCGUUCCGUGAGAAGCCUGGAUCCAAGGUUGUGUAUAUUGCCCCAAUGAAGGCCCUGGUUCGCGAGCGUGUCCAAGAUUGGCGUAAACGCCUUACUGGGCCAAUGGGACUGAAACUUGUGGAGUUGACUGGUGACAACACCCCAGACACGCGCACUAUUCGUGAUGCCGACAUCAUCAUCACGACCCCUGAGAAGUGGGACGGUAUCUCUCGUAGCUGGCAGACCAGAGAUUACGUACGCAAGGUCAGCCUUGUGAUCAUCGACGAGAUUCAUCUACUGGGAGGUGAUCGAGGUCCUAUCUUGGAAAUCAUCGUGUCUCGUAUGAACUACAUUGCUUCCCAGUCCAAAGGCUCUGUAAGAUUGAUGGGCAUGUCCACUGCCUGUGCAAAUGCCACUGAUCUUGCCAACUGGCUUGGUGUCAAAGAGGGGCUCUACAAUUUCCGCCACUCCGUCCGCCCAGUCCCGCUUGAGAUUUACAUCGACGGUUUCCCCGAGCAGCGUGGCUUCUGUCCUCUGAUGCAAUCUAUGAAUCGUCCGACAUUCUUGGCUAUCAAGAACCACUCCCCCGAGAAACCUGUGAUCGUGUUUGUUGCAUCUCGUCGCCAGACUCGUCUUACUGCCAAGGACUUGAUCAAUUACUGCGGUAUGGAGGACAAUCCUCGUCGCUUUGUCCGGAUGUCGGAGGAUGACUUGGAGUUAAACCUUGCGCGAGUCAAGGAUGACGCCCUGCGAGAGGCUCUAAACUUUGGUAUUGGGUUGCACCAUGCUGGUUUGGUGGAGUCUGAUCGACAGCUGGCAGAGGAGCUGUUCGCCAACAACAAGAUCCAGGUUCUGGUCGCAACCAGCACGCUCGCCUGGGGUGUCAAUCUUCCCGCUCACCUUGUUGUAGUCAAGGGCACCCAGUUCUUCGAUGCCAAAAUCGAGGGCUAUCGCGAUAUGGACUUGACCGAUGUUCUUCAAAUGCUUGGUCGUGCCGGUCGCCCUCAAUUUGACAACUCUGGUAUUGCCCGCAUUUUCACGCAAGACUCGAAGAAGGCUUUCUACAAGCAUUUCCUGCAUACCGGUUUCCCCGUCGAGUCUACACUCCAUAAGGUCUUGGACAACCACUUGGGCGCUGAGGUUUCUGCUGGAACGAUUGGCACGAAGCAAGAUGCGCUUGACUACUUGACUUGGACAUUCUUCUUCCGCCGCCUUCACAAGAACCCGUCUUACUAUGGCCUUGAGAUCCUUGCCGAAGAACAGAACACCAUGGCCGCUCAGGCUACCGCCCAAGAGUUUAUGAUUGACCUGGUUGAUAAGUCGCUAAAUGACUUGGCGGAGUCGUCCUGCGUGCUCGUGGAUUCUGCCACGGGAGAAGUUGAUUCCACCCCCUUCGGCAAAAUCAUGAGUUACUACUACUUGUCGCACAAGACCAUUCGCUACUUGAUGUCUCACGCAAAGCGCGAGCCUUCUUUCCAAGAUGUCCUGAGCUGGAUGUGCUCUGCCACCGAAUUUGACGAGCUGCCAGUGCGUCACAAUGAAGAUCUCAUCAAUGCCGAGUUGGCUCAGAACUUGCCCCUCUCCACUGAGUCUAUGGGCGAUAUCCCCAUGUGGGAUCCUCAUGUCAAGGCCUUCCUCUUGCUCCAAGCGUAUAUGUCUCGCAUCGAUCUGCCCAUCUCCGAUUAUGUCGGUGAUCAGACGUCAGUUCUGGAUCAGGGAAUUCGUAUCAUCCAAGCCUCUAUCGAUGUCAUGGCUGAGCUUGGAUAUAUCCCCGCGUGCGAGAUGUUUGUGACUCUUCUGCAGUGCAUCAAGUCUGCCCGCUGGCCCGAAGAUCAUCCCCUGUCCAGUCUGCCUGGUAUCCCUGUUGAAAACCCGCCGCGAGGCCUUCCAUCUUCACUUGCCAAACUGUCCUCGCAGCCUAAGUCUGCCUUGUUUGAUUUGGCCAAGAAGUUCAAUCUCCAUCCGGGAUUCGCCAAAGCGGCUUCCCAACUGCCGAAUGUUUCUAUCGCCGUUGCCGGUAUUUCUGCUAAGGGGUUGAGUGUGUCCAUCACGCGUCGCAAUCCAUCGACGAACGCGGAGCAUCGCAUCUACGCCCCAAAGUUCCCAAAGCCGCAAACCGAGGGAUACUUCCUCAUUGUUUGCAGCGCCCGUCCCGAUGGGUCAGAUGGCGAGUUGCUUGGCCUGAAACGUGUUUCAUGGCCCACUUUCUCCAGGCAAAAUGGCGACAACAAAUCUCGCUGGAGUGCCGGUGCUGGUUCUAGUCGAGGUGGUGGUUCCCAUGGUCAGGGCCGGGGGGCCAUUGGCCCACUCAGUGUGCGCUCGCUCGUCAAGUUCCCGAGCGCUGCCGUUGCUGAAUCCAUGGCGCUGGCCAGCGGUGGUGUUACUCGGGUGAACGUCAAGCUCAUGAGUGACUCUUAUCCCGGCAUGCAGUGGACUUUGCCUAAUGUAGAGGUUGAAGUGACGUCGAGCACAUCGACACAGUCUGUGGAGCCGUCGUCUAGCGUCAGCCUCAAAGAAUAA